GGGAAUGGGAGGCCGAAUAGUUGUAACUCUCAUUUGCUGCGGCCUUCUCCUGGAGUUCUCCCACGGCGGUGGGAGGCUGCCGCGCAUCAUCAACGGCAGCAACGCCACCGCCAAACAGUUUCCCUACCAGGUGUUCUACGAGACCUUCGUGCUCGAAGACAGCUCCUUCUGGAGGCCCACCUGUGGAGGGACCUUAGUGUCCGGGAGGAUUGUCCUGACGGCAGCCCACUGCUUCGCGCUGGAUCCCUACAUCAAAGCCCUGAGAAUUUACUUCGGAGCUGUGGACAAAUCGAGCGCCAGCGAAGAGGGACAACGGCGAUUGGUUGUGGACCGCAGCAGCGUGGUGAUCCACGAGGAGUUCCGGCCCCUCACGUGGUACAACGACAUCGCACUCAUAAGACUGCCCAUUGAUGUGCCCUUCAGUGAGUACAUUCGGGCCGCAAGGCUGCCGCAGCCGACCAACGACUACGUGAACGCAGUGGCCACUGUCUCCGGGUGGGGUGCGUAUCAAGCUUCGGCCGAUGGGGACCUGCUCUGGCACGAUCGCCUGAAGUACUACGACAUCAGCGUCAUCUCGAACGAGGAGUGCGAGGAGAAGCGGCGACCUGUCGUGCCAGGGAUGUUCCCGGCAUCCUUCAUCUGCAUCGCCCCCAGCGGGAAUGCGCCUUGCCGGAACGACUCUGGGGGACCUCUGGUGUUCAAGGACGGAGAGGACUUCAUACUCCUGGGAGUGAUCUCCCACGGCCUCAGUCAGAACUGCACAACCCACCUGCCUACGGUCUAUACCAGAGUCUCUUCGUUUCUGGACUGGAUACGAGAGCAUUCUGGAGCUCGAAUUGAGAUCUGAUUCAAAUAUAACGGAGCACUGGAGAUCCAACCCAAGACAGUCCUUUAUCCCACACUCUCGGUUGUCCUGGCUGAGAAUUGCAUUGGUCUGUCGUUGGCUACGUGGAGGAUGCAUCCUUCAAACUGAUUGCUGGGGCAGAGUGCCCCUUUCCCCUGCCUUUCUUGGCCUUGCCCUAUGGCUGCCCCUACGAUUAUGAUGCCUUUUGGUGCCUUGACGAAUCCCAUUCCACUCUCCCCAGAGAGGGAGAUCGCCGACACCAGGAAGUAAAUGCUCUACAAUGGCAAUCCUCUUGACUUUCCAGGAAUUUUCGAGGCGUAGCAACUGUU